AGAGCCAUGGAAAAGGGACAAGACAACCAAACCAGCUUUGCUGGAUUCAUCCUUCUGGGCCUCUCCUCUGCGCCAGAGUUUGGGGGGCUCCUCUUUCCCAUCUUCCUCUUUAUGUACCUAAUUAGCCUUCUGGGGAACCUCUUGAUCAUCAUCCUGAUCUUCUCCAACAGCUCUCUCUUCUAUGCCCCCAUGUACUUCUUCCUCAGCCACCUGUCCUUGGCUGACCUAGGAUUCAGCUCCAACGUUGUGCCCAAGAUGCUGCACAUCUUGGUUUCUCAAUCAAACACCAUCUCCUACAACGGCUGCCUGGCCCAACUGUAUUUCUUUGUGGUCUUCUGCACCACAGAUAACUUCCUCUUGGCCUCCAUGGCAUAUGACCGCUACGUGGCCAUCUGCCACCCGCUACAUUACACGACCAUCAUGAGCUACAAGCGCUGCCUGCUGUUGACUUUUGGGUCUUGGCUCCUGUCUUUUUCCCAGGGAAUACUGUAUAUAUCUACGAUCUCUAAACUUUCCUUCUGUGGCUCCCGAGAAAUCCCCCAUUUCUUCUGCGACAUGCACCCUUUGCUCAAGCUCUCCUGCUCAGACACCUCAUCAGCUGAAACACUGCUCAUGAUUGAAGGCACAGCAACAAUGCUUGGACCUCUCAUACUCAUUCUCCUCUCCUACCUCUUCAUUUUAUCGAUGGUUUUGAAGGUUCCAUCAGCUUCUGGGAAGUAUAAGGCCUUCUCCACGUGCAGCGCCCACCUCACCACUGUGGCCAUAUUCUAUGGCAGCCUGAUGGGCACCUACAUACGCCCCUCGUCCACCUACUCUGGCUCCAGAUUGAAAGUGGCAUCUAUAUUCUAUACGGUGGUGACGCCGAUGCUCAAUCCUUUCAUAUAUAGCCUGAGGAACACUGAGAUGCACGAGGCAAUGAGAAGGCUACUGAGGCUUUGGUUUCAGAGGACAAGAGGCAUAGAGGAUAUGAGAUGA